AAAGCGCGGUUAGGUUUGAUUGUGAGAAUUGUGUUUAUUUAUGUCCGAGUGUUGUAAUGGAUUUUACUCCCGAAGAACUUGAUCUCAGCUCCCCUUGCUUACUGGUGGAGAAUUCUCAGUCUCAGGAAACCGAAACAAUCUUUCGAUCGGACAGUGCGUGUGAUUUGGCGAUUCUGAAACAGUUGACUCGAUUGUCAACCAGUCGGACGGAUCCUUCAGCGGGCAUCUCUUGUGACCAUCCGUCGUUUCCUCGAAAUUGUGCCGCUAUAAGUUGUUCUACUACUGGAGGAGAGGGUGUAAGAAGAGAGGAAGGUGAAAAAAGCCGGCAACCGGACGAUCGCGGCCAACAUGGACAAGGACGUGAUAGCAGCGGAGGUAAUGAUAGAGGAGGUAGCGAUGGUGGAGGAGGUGAUGAUAACGGGAGUAGGGAUGGGGGCGAUGAAGGUGGCGGAGGGGAUGCCGGUGGGGGGGACGGUGGUGGUGGUGAUGAUAAUGACAACGAUGAAAAUAACGAGCAAGAUCCCAGUGCAAAUGAGGAAGAAUCCCCUCAUCCAGACGAUCCAUCCUCUUCAAGUGAUGCACUACCAGAGCUAAUUCGCCCUCCAGAAGUUGCUACCCUCUCAGAACCACUGGUUCGAGUUGUGGUAACAGAUUCAACACCUCCCAGACAACAUGUUAGUGGGGAAGGAAGAGGAAGUGUUCAUGACUUUAGUGGAGACAAUUACAGUGAGGCGUCAACUGGUGUUGUUGGUGAGGGGGCUGAUGUUGCUUCUGACCUUAGUGAAGUAUCUACAGCCCCUGUGGAUGAGGAGAAGAAGUCAACAUGCUCAUCAAGCGUUGGACAUAAGUCUGAUCAUGGCUCAGCCAUGAGCAGCAGCAGUUACCAUGGAGAUCUCAGCAACUUGUCUAGUGAAAGUGGCUCCCAAGUAUCCCCAGAAGUGCGUAAACACCUUCCACAAUUACUAAGGAAACAGUCAACCAGUGAUACUAGCACUAGCAGUGCUGCGUCGAAAGAGGAGAAAGUGCAUGCCACAGUUACUGGUUAUACGCUGUGGUCAAUGGAGGAAGAGCAAGAAGGUUGUUCUUCCCAAGAGGACAUGUUUGCCUCUUCUCAAGGCCAUCAGGAAGGGACAACAAGACCAAACCUUUCGGUUGACUUGAAGUUACCACAACACCAAUCCACUCCAGUGGAUGACAAAAACAGCAGAGAAUCACAUCCUAGUGAGCGAUCACUGUACAAGCAGGUGUUCACUUCCAAGCAACGUACAUCAACACCAGUUGAAGGUGGUGGUGGAUUUUUCUGCACCCCUCCCUCUCAAGAAACACCAAUUGACAAUGUGGCUUUUCAAAGCUUGCAAUUUUCUGGAGAGCCUAGUGUCAGGGUGUCUUCAUCUUCAUCAUCAGAUAAAGUGCAUCCUUCACCUGAUGCCUAUAGCUCAGUUCAAGACUUACAUCCAUCCUCCCCAACAGCUGCUGCUGAAGAGCAAGUAGAAAAGAAAAGUAACAGGAAAGAGGGAACAUAUGAGAAAGGGUGUGAAGACAGACAGACUCAAAAAUCCAAAAACAUCAAAGAAUCUGUAAAAAAUGAUGUGGAGAAGGAACAGUCAGAGAUGUCAAAAGCAGCAGCAGAAUUGUUGCAGUCAUUUGAUAUGUCACAAAGCCAAGAAAGACAUUUGGAAAAGCCAGCAUCUCUAAGACUCAGAGAAUCAUUAGAUGAUGAAAGAGUUGAGUUACCUCUCUGGCAGCAAAAGCAACAGCAAGAGGCACUCCAGCAAGCCAGUGACACCAAUGAAAAGAAGUCAAGUGACACUUCCUCAAAAGGUUCAUCCAGUGAGGACUCAUCUAAGGGUGAAUCAUCACCUCAACUGCAGCAGUGGCAGCCAGUUAGUAGUGCUUUGAGUAACAGCAGCCUAGGAUCCACAGGUUCAAAAGGAAAAUAUACAGUGCUGCCACCAAAUGGCUCUAAGGAGCAGUGUGUACCUUUCAUAAGUGGUAGCUUUCUUGACAGUCCUAGGCAUGAGCCACUAAUUUCUGAUUUACCAGUAGAUCACCCUAAGCAGAGCUUACAUGAAGAACAGUUGUCAUUGUCUCCAUCCUCACUAAUAAUACAUCCCUUUGAACCAAGCAAAAGUAAGGCUGAAGGUACUGAAGAAAGCCCUGCUGUGCUGCCAGGUCCCACACAACCAGAGAUGAGUGAGGAUAUGUUCUUUCCUGUAAUAAACCAGGAAGGCAAGGAACAGAAAAGUAUUUCAGAUGAAUCUCCUGACCAGCCAAUGGAAGAACAAAAUAUUCAAGAGGUCUUAGAUUCUCAAGACAUAGUGAUGCCGUUCUCAUUGCACCUGACUCAGUCGCAGUUGGUCAUGGGAAGCCAGAUGCCAUCAGAUACCAGCCAGGGACUGGAGGGGAUUCAGGAGGAUGUGAUUGUCAGUGAGGUGACAAAUAACGUCACCGAGUGCAAACUGGCAGAAACAAUUCAAGCUGAAGAGGCAAGUACUUUGACAAAACAAGACUCCGGCAGCCAGUCCAUUUUGGCCCCUUUGGGAAGACAAUUUCCUACAAUGGCUCUUGCCCAAGAUGAUAAUGACAAGGAACAGCUGACUAUGAACGUUCCAACCAAAGCACCGGAGAAUCUUGUGAGAUCUACUGACGGCAUCGACGAAAUUCAUCGAGACCAAGGUACCUACCCCUUUACGGAUAGGGGCGAUGUAAUCCACCCUCCAGAGAAGACUGCACCUGUUGAAGAAUCAGGGGGUGUCACUCAACCUGUGGAGCAGGAAGCGCCCGAUGAUCUUAUACAAGAACAGGCAAGCAUACCGGAGAAGGGAACUGAAAUGAUAUUCUGGGAGAAAGACACUUCUGAUGAUCUUGAAAAAGAACAAUCAAGCACAGCAGGCGUUCAUGCAAGAAAACCGAUAAAACCAACGCUCCCAGCAGCAAUAUUUUCAGAAUCCUCGAGUGACUCUGGUACAAGUUUCCACUUUUCCUUACCAAGGGAGCCGCUAAGACCACUGACGUCUACCACUCCACCCCCCUUCAGACCCGUUAGUCCGGACACUCCAGACUCAGAGGAGAGGAGUAGCCGACGCAGUACUAUCCCGGAUGUGGCUCUUCCUGUGGUUAGAGAGACGCCAGGGAUGUCUAGCCAAGAGGUAGCCUUCCAUUUCGAGCCCAGCCAACCUCGGGCUUCUACAUCCACAGAGAGCUUAGACCGUCCUCACUCCAAUGCCCCAGUACCCCCGCGAUCAAUAUUUAGUCGCGCUCGAAAAGCCAUCGCCAAAACUAAGGAGAGAGGAAUGAGAGAGGUCCAAAGCGACGACGAUCCGUUUGCAUUUACCGCCGAAGAUGAUGUACCAGAACCCGUGCGAAAAAAGCCAAAAAGAGGAUCUCCUCGUGGGACGCGUGGAAAAGAGAUUAGACCAAGAGCAGAGGUCAAAAAUAUCACGAGCACUAAAAGAGUUCGCGAAGAAAGGGAGGCUUCCUCUGAGAGCGAAGGAUUAGAGGAAGCACUCUCAAAACGAUUCAGAAGAGAGGAUGAUGAACUAAAGCCUGACAAAGGCGAGGCGGUAAAGGCUACAUCAUCAGGUGCCGUACACUACAAGCAAAUCAUGCGCACAUGCACUGUAACCACGGUAACGACUCAAGUGAAACGAAAUGUAACUAUGACCAUCGUCGAUGAGGAAUCAGGAGAAGUUGUGCAGGUUUUCACCUUUGAAGAAGAUGGGGAACCGAAAGUGGAGAGCCAAGAGGAGGAGAAGGAGGAAGUCACUAAAUUUGUGGAGACUUCCAACGUCGACGGGUCUCGUGUAACAGUUACUGCGAAGACACCGAAACAAGAUGAGCUUCAGCAACAAAACAGAAGUUCUCCGCGAAGGAAAAGUAGUAAAUCACCAGCUUCUAAACAAGCAACGCGCGCUUCUGGUAAAACGCAGGCCUUGGUAACCUCCGGUCAGGGUGAUUCUGAUAGAAGCUCGGAAGAUGGAAGUAAAGGACAAGAUGACAACCAACAUACUAGGGGUGAACCCACAGAAAUCCCUUCGAUCUCAAGGCAGGAUACCGAACCAAUUUUAGAGAAGGAGUCAAAUCACAAACGCUCCUCAUCGAGUGACUCCUCUUUGACUCCUGGAACCCGCGUGUUAGCGAAGUGGUUGGACGGUUACUUCUAUCCAGGAAUAAUCACUGCAAAGCAGUACAAAAACGGACGAUACUCGGUAACCUUUGACGACGGCGACAAACGAAGGAUUCCACGUGAAAACCUUAUCAUCAAGGAUUUAUUGCCGGUUGGGCAGAGUGUCAUGGCUCAAGGGGAUCUUGUAGAUGACUUCUAUGAAGAAGGGGUGAUCGUGGGACAUUAUCGAGAUCGAAACGCACGCGGUUACGAAAUACAGACCCAGAAUGGUGCAAUACGCCGGUACCCACGGAGUAGAAUUAUUUUAUCGGAACAGCAAGCCGUAGCUGUUUUAUCCAGUGAUAGUUCGUUUAGCGUCACAAGUGGUUCCAGUGUCAGUAUUGGAGCACAUAGCUUGAGGCGAGCAGGGAGCAGUAACGUUAGCCUACACGAUGUCUCCAAGUCGGGUGGCAUAGAUGCUAAGGACACCUCACGAGACACUAGCUCUAAAGACACGAGCCCGAAUGACGAAAGAACGCAGGAAAAAAAUGCUGAUCGCGCCUCACCACGCGUUGGCCCAAGACGUUCAAAAGUGGCGUCCGCCGACAUGGAUAUCACGCCUAAGUCUACACAUAAGUCGUCACAUAAGAUCAAAGCACAGGCUAGACGUGCGGGACAUAGGAUUGGUGAGAGCGAGUCGAGUUCAGAUGAGCAGCAUGGUAAGGCUGGCGGCAAACGACGAUAUGUUAGGAGAGGGUUGUCAUCCACGUAUGGUCCCAAAUCACCUGCGAGGCCCGUUGGCACGAUACCGGCUCAACCUGUGAGAGGACGCACGCCGCGUAAACAGAUAAGCGACAGAGAGGACACUGUCGAAGCACCACAUCUACCAAGGAACAGGAAUACUUUUGCUGGUUUAGCCUUUCUAGUGACAGGCGUGACCAGAGACAAGGAUGAGCCUGAAGAGACGGACAGUGAAUCGGAGAGAAUUGACUUUAAUCGCCAUCACUUGAAACGUCAGAUCGAGGCUGGUGGUGGCGUCGUGCUGUCCUCGUUUCCUCAAUCACAGAUUUCUGGCGCAGAGUGCUUCUUGAUAUCCCACACACACCAACGGACACAAAAAUAUUUCCAAUCCCUCGCUUCUGGAAUUCCGUGUGUUUCACACAUGUGGAUAAAUGAUUGUUGCGCUUGUGAUAAGCGUUUGGACUACAAGAAGUACUUGCUCCCUGCGGGAGAAAGCCUAGAGGCCGGGGAAAUUGUAGAAUGCCGGCCGAGAAGAAACAUUUUGGGCGACAUGCGAGUCUAUCUUCACGGGAGCCAGCAGUUCAAGGACACUUGGUCCAGCGUGUUGCUGGCUGCGGGAUGUAGGAUGGUCGCCAAGCUUCCAGGCCGCGUUGAUUACGAAUGCGAUGUUAUCAUCUGCGAGGAUCACAAGCUUCCUGCGAGUGUCAAACACGCCGCUAAUCUGCUUGCGAUUCCUAUUGUCUCACUGGAAUGGCUUCUACAAACACUCAUCAACGGUCGACAGGUUCCUUUUGAUGGUCACCCGAAGUAUGAUUAUCGGUGUAAGAAUUCGUGACCUUGGUCAGAACGCGUGACUAAGCAAGAUGUAACCAACCUGAGACUGCCAGUCAGCAUGUGAGAGGCGGUACUGCGACGUGUUUUCUUUGGAAGUGUUUCUAAAAUCGUAACUAUGGCAAAGGUAACAGAAGUGAGAUGACUUUGAAAUUACCCAUCGAUUUUCAGUAUUCGUGUGAUUUCCAAACCUCAUAGAUCGAACUCGGUAAGUGAUGUCAAUAUCGACCCACUUUUGACACGGUCGGCCUGCCAUUCGUACCAAUUUAGAUGGCAAUCGAAUGUGCUAUGGUGUUUAAAAGAUGGAAAUAUGUGGGUCGCAUGUAAAGAUAGAUUGGGAAUGUGUGGCAAUUGAAAACAAAAGCAAAUGAUACUUGACUCUGAGAGGGUUUCAAUUGUUCUGGAAAUUUAAUUUCCGUUAAAUAAUAGUCUAAAUCAGUGUUCUCCCUUAUUUUAAGCAUAACAGGUAUAAUAAAUUUUCAAACCGGUAAAGGAAUCCUUCUACCUGUUGAAUUUUUAAGAAUUCCAAGCAAUUUUAAACGGUAUUAAGAGGUACUACAGGCGGUAAAUUUUACCGGUUACUGUCUGAAAAGGAGAACACCGAGUCUAAACCAUGCUUUCUUGAAAUUUUGACCACUAUACUGUUUUAAUGUUUGUAAAAUAUGAUUUUAGCAAGACUAAGUCAUAGUAGUAAUAUCACCAGAUCAAAUUAUUCUCAGAUUUUAGCAUUAAUGAAAUAUUACCUACGGUACUAAUUGAAAUACUUUUUGUCGUCAGGGCAAGAGAAAAAUAAAUUUUAGCGAUAAUUAUUACAAAUGGUAGAGUAAAUCUCAUUUUCUAGUUAUGCAAUAAAUUCACUCUUUUUGCUAAAUUAUUUUUAAAAUAUGUUUUCUGUUUCUUUUGAGAUUUUAAUAAUUUUAUCGAGCUUACAGUCCUUAAAAAACAGUCUAAUUAGUUUUUAUAGUUUUAAUGUUUUUUUUCCUUCGCUGUUCUUCGUCGGCAUAGUUCUAAUGCCUUUUUUUUUAAUAGAAAACUUUUGAUAGAUUAUAUUAAUUUUUACUUUUUAAAGUAUAGUUUCUGGGCGCCGAGAGUGACACUGAAAUAAUUAACACGUUUCAAAUAAAGAUAUUAUGGUCUGGUUUGAAAGUGAUAGAGAAUUAAAAAUUAUGGAAAACGCAAUAAAAAAGGGCCUGCUUUUGGCCUUGUGCGAAAACGAACAUGCAACUUCUGUAAAAAAGAAAGUUCGAAAAAAAG